AACACUCGACAAAGUCGUGUGUGAUGGCGAAGCAACUAAAAGUUCCCCAAAACACACCGAAGAGCGAUGAUGUCAAAAAAAAUCGUUCUUCCUCGAAAUUCAGCUCCGUGGCAUCUACCGAAAGACAGAAGCUCGGUAAAAACGGUAGGACAAGAAAGAGAAAUUCCUGCAGCAGCAACAACUCAGCACAUCAAAGUAUCCACCUGGCCCAUUGCUCUUGCGAGAGGUUGCAAAACGAGAUCUUUGAGUUCGUCAGCGAUUUCGUGACCUCGCAGGAGUACCAGGACUAUUUGGACUUCAAGAAGAAUAUCGUCCAGAAGGAUGAGGAGGUUCAGUAUGACAUCAACGAUCUGGUAGAGGUCGUAGAUACCGAAUUGCCCAAGAAGAGGAAGGUUGAUGUUUUGAGAGCUCUGAGUCGAAGGGCUCUGAGAGUCUUCUUUCUGGAUGUCCAGAUAGAGAAAUACUUGGAGAGUUUGAGGAAUGAGGAAAUCUUGAAGAAACAGCAAGAAGCCAUCGAGACUAUAAGGCAAAAGAUAGCAGAGGUGAAGGAAGUUUUCAUAUGCCACAAUGAAAAUAAAUUGGCUUUGAGAAAGCAAAGAGAACAGUACUUGAUAAAAAAGUUCAUAAGUCGUUAUAAUAUAGAUAUUUCAAGAUUGAUAACCACCGAGAGGCUAGAUAGGUUGAUACUAGAUGUUGAAAGGAAAUUGAUGAUGAAGAGAAGAGGACAUAAGAAUAACAUUCGGAGUAUUAUCGAGAGAUUGGUAAAGGAAUAUAAUCAUAACAAGAAACGAGACAAUAAAAUUGAAAACAACAAUUUCAAACGGAGAGCAAAAGGCGUUUGUAAGAAAACAAUAAUGCAUAUAAAAGGUAUAAAAGGUUCAAACCUUAUGUUGUCCUCAUUGCACUUUGUGCACAAAGAAGACGCAAUCAUUAGAGCUUUCAGAGAGGCUGGGGUCUGUUUGAAAGAGGAGAAAGAUGAAAUCCCCAGAAACCUCUGGGAUAAAGCCUGUUCGACUGAUAUUCCUUUCACUACCAAGGAAAAAGGCUUGCAAGAGAGUUCGAUGAAGAAUAUUUCUUUUCAAAUCCCACAAGAGGACAAUAAGUUCAAAAUUAUGCUGAACGAAAACGCCAAGGAAAAAUUGGGAACGAUGGAAUCAUUCGUUGAAUUCGAAGACCUCUUGGAGGCUAGGCAUUUUUUCUGCACUUGUGAGAAAGAGAGGAAGGAUAAAGAAGAUGCUGAAAUCAAUUUUACAGACGACCUUACAAUGAUCUCAACCCCUCGUCAGAUCGAUUUCAAGGAGUAUCAAACUGAUAAAGUAUACAAUAAGAGGUUGGUUUUACGAAAUACAAGUGGAAAUUCAGUCAGGAUAAGGUUCUUCAGAUUCUAUUUUGAUGAAGUUAAAUAUACGAUACUCUUCGAGGUUAUUCCAGAUGAGAUGAGGAUAGCUCGACCCGGUUUACCAGUGGACUUGACAAUUAAAUUUCGAGCUCCCAAAGACUCUGCUGCGAUCCUUGGCAAAUUGGUUUUCUUAACUUGCUGCAAAUCCACCUUUUACAGAUACGUAAUACCCAUCAAAUGUACCCCAGUAAUUUCCGACGUUACUAUAGAGCCCAGGAGUAUAUCAUUUGGAACAAUUCCUCUAUGGAAGUUCUUGAAGAAUCAUCUUGACAUCUCUAAGUCCGUUAAGGUCAAAUGCAGUGGGAAGUACGCCCAUAAAUUGAUAAUAAAAAAAGUGAGAGAUCCUUUAGAAUUGAAGUCUAUGCGAAAUGAAGAUAUAGUUUCCGAAGAUUCCUCAUCUUCUGAAGAGUGGAUUGUGAAGAAAAAGACACCUAUUCAGUUGGAAAUGGAAGAGAUAAUCAGAGACAUCCUGAGAGAUAUAGACUGUCGUUUCCAUUUCGAUAAAAGAUUCCUGGUGGUUCAGGAGCAAUCUGGGGAAGAAAAUUUGAAGAUAUCUGUUUCUGGCAUUGGACAUUCAGGCUUUUACUUCGAAAAGUAUAGUGUAGAUAUUUAUAAGAUGAUGGAGGACGCUGAAGAAUAUCAGGGAAUGCAGGUAAAACUUGGUGAAAGAACUGAACUAUGCAGGCGAUGA